GACUUGAAUCGCUGUAUUACGCAAGUAAAUUUAAAUAUUGUGGAAUAUAAUAUAAAAGUUUAAGCCGUGAUUUUGUACUCUUGAAAAUUUUGAAGAGUUGGUCAACAGAAAAGAAAAAGUAUUCAAGUUUCUUUGAAAAGUUUCGAUGAUAAAUUUAUUGGUAAAUUGAUUUAACCAAAGUUUUGAAGUGAUGCCACUAUUUGGCAAAAAAGAUUCUGGCAAAAGGCCCAAGUCGAAGGACACGAAGGAGUUGAACAAACAAGUCUCAAUUGAAGAGAAAUACAAUCUACAUGGUCUACUGGGAACCGGCGCAUUCUCUGAAGUGCGCUUAGCCGAAAGUAAAGAUACGCCGGGCGAUCAUUUUGCGGUUAAAAUUAUUGAUAAAAAAGCACUAAAAGGAAAAGAGGAAUCUUUGGAAAAUGAAAUACGUGUUUUGCGAAGGUUUAGUGCAAACCAUUUUGAUGGCAACAGUCCGAAUGGAACGCGACUGACCCAUCCGAAUAUAGUGCAACUACUUGAAACAUACGAAGACAAGGCUAAGGUGUAUCUGGUCAUGGAACUAGUAACAGGUGGCGAACUGUUCGAUCGUAUCGUGGAGAAGGGUUCAUAUACGGAGAAGGAUGCAUCCCACUUAAUUAGACAAAUCUUAGAGGCUGUAGACUAUAUGCAUGAGCAGGGGGUAGUACACAGGGAUCUUAAGCCUGAAAACUUACUAUACUAUAGUCCAGACGAUGACAGUAAAAUAAUGAUAAGCGACUUUGGUUUAUCGAAAAUGGAAGAUUCGGGAAUCAUGGCAACUGCUUGCGGAACUCCUGGCUAUGUGGCACCAGAGGUACUCGCCCAAAAACCGUAUGGCAAAGCCGUUGAUGUAUGGAGCAUAGGCGUUAUAUCCUAUAUACUACUUUGUGGAUAUCCUCCCUUUUAUGAUGAAAACGAUGCCAAUCUAUUUGCACAAAUUCUAAAAGGUGAAUUUGAAUUCGAUUCGCCAUAUUGGGACGAAAUAAGUGAGUCAGCCAAGCACUUUAUUAAAAAUUUAAUGUGUGUCACUGUGGAAAAACGAUAUACUUGUAAACAAGCAUUGGGACAUCCAUGGAUAUCUGGUAAUGAGGCUAGCAGCAAGAACAUUCAUGGAACUGUGUCAGAGCAGCUUAAGAAAAACUUUGCCAAGAGCCGGUGGAAACAAGCUUAUUAUGCUGCCACAGUCAUACGACAAAUGCAGCGAAUGGCGCUUAGUAGCAAUAGCAGCGCAACGGCAGAUGGCAAUUCCUCUCUUAAUACGUUAUCAUCAACAGCAACAGCCACUGCUACUGAAAUUACAUCUGACAAUGGUACCGGCCGAAACUGUGUUAAAGAUGGAGUCGAAGCAAAUGUGGGAACUAUUAAACAAUCAUCCUCGACAACGAGCGCUCCGGCUUUGAAUGAAACCCCGCAUACAGACAUUAAGAAUCACCAAAGAAUCUCGCCAAAUUGUAGUUUCAGCGGCCAAGCAAAGUAACAUUUUUUAAACACGCACAGUUAGUCCACAAGCACAAAAUUAAUGAAUGCUAUAUAUAUAUGUUGAACGUUGCGUUUCCCUAGAUCAUUUUGUAUACAUUCACAAAAUGUGACGUACAAAAUCUUCUAUGUAUACGCCACUUCCAUCAUACUUAGAUAGUGUUAAGUCAAUCAAGUUAGAACUUUGCACACACACAUACAUAUAUAUUUCAAUGUAUACAU